AUGGGAGUGCGGGUACCUCAGUCUAACCACCACGCUUACGCUCUGAUGCCCGAGUCCUCGAUCACCUACGACAAGUCCCGCGGCGGCAAGUCGGACAAGUACAAGAAGCUGAAGUCGCAUAUGGCCAAGAUCAAGCAGGUUAAGCGGUCGUAA